GAGGUCUUCUGCUCCAACAUGGCAGAAGGGAAGACCGAGGCGAAGGAAAUGUUCAGACAGACAGCGAGAAAAUACCUCUUAUGGUGUGCCAAUGAGCAUAUUGAGUUCAGAAUACCUGAACUAAAGUCCAUAGCAACUAUGUUCAAAAUUCCAAUAAAAUGGGUUGAAAAGCCAAAGGAAGAUCCUUAUGUUAUUGUUGAAAUGGGUUGUGAAAAGGAAGCAAGGAAACUCAUGUCCCGAAGCAUGCUGGUGAGAUCGUGCUAUGAAAUAUGGGGCCAGGCUGAGACAGAGGAAGAGCUCCAUGCCAGCGUCAAGAGUGUUCCGCUCGAGUUCAUCCAGCCACACAUCACCCGAGACAAGACAUUCAAAGUCAGGGUGGAGACCUUCAAUAAGACACUCAAGAAUGCAGAGAAGCUCAAGAAAAUAGAGUCUUUCAGUUACUUACCCUUUGAGGGGAAUGUGAAUUUGAGAAAUGCAGACACUUGCCUACACCUGAUUGAGUACUAUGGUCUACACCCAAAUAUUGUACCAGAAAAGCCUUAUAAAAUCUUCUUUGGAAGAUGGAUCACAGAUGGGCAGAGGGAACUGAUAGACAAGUUUUCCCUUAAGAAGCGGACCUAUAUUGGGAGCACGUCCAUGGAUCCGCAGCUCUCCUUCAUCAUGGCAAAUUUUGCGCAAGUCCAGGCAGGGGAGGUGGUGGUGGAUCCCUUUGUGGGUACAGGUUCUGUGCUAGUUGCGGCUGCACAUCGAGGGGCAUACGUUUGGGGUUGGGACAUAGACUACCUCACGCUACAUGCAAGAACAAAACCCACUCGACAUAGCCAGAAACAACGUGCUGCUGAAGAAUCAAUCCGAAGCAAUUUGAAACAGUAUGGAUUAGAGAACCAGUAUAUGGAUGUUGUUGUCAUGGAUAAUGCAAGGCCGUUUUGGAGAGGAGCUCCUUAUGUUGAUGCAAUCAUAACAGACCCACCCUAUGGAAUCCGAGAAUCAACCGAGCGAGUUGGGACCUUCAAGAAUCUGAAGGUAAAUGAGGAAGGGGUGAAGCAGCAGGUCCCAGCGGCACAGCACUUCCCCUCCAAGAUUUCCUAUAGCCUCUCAGACGUAUUCCGCGAUCUCAUCAAUUUUGCCGCGACCCACAUGGUGAUAGGAGGCAGGCUUGUCUUCUGGCUGCCUGUGUUUAGAGAAGAUUACCAUGAGGGCUUGGUUCCUAGUCACCCAUGUAUGGAACUUGUAUCUAACUGCGAGCAAGUCCUCACUGUACAUUCCAGCAGAAGGCUCAUCACCUUACGCAAGACGAGACAUCCGGAGGAAGGGGAAACUGCCACAGCCACAGUGACAGACCUAACAGCGAAGUUCAGAGAGAAGUUUUUCCAGGCCUCACACAUGACCAAAGAGGAGAGAGCCAACAUGAAGUGCCUCUUCCCACGAGACAAGCGAGGACAAGGUCUCGGCUACAGACUCACGGAGACUCAGACCAAACACAGCGGGCCUCAGGAUGGCACCUCAGGGAAAGCAGCCUCUUGUAGCACCGAUAUACCAGUGCCAGAAACCUCUCUUAGUGAGCAGAGAAACAACUGUGAUGGAAGUUUACCAACAGAUAACACCGAGUGUCAUAAUGAGUUAGAGAAAGAUAGAAGUAAAGAGAAGUGUAAUGAAGACAGUGAGAAAUGCACUUUAAGUCAGGAAGAAGAACAAGAAGGUAGAAGAGAAGACACAAGUGGCAGUGAUGCUGUUCAGAGUGCUGCAUAAGUUGAGACAAUGUUAUCAGGGUUGUUUGAGAACCAAGUAGUGUUUGUAAAUAGUUUUGGUUAAUUUUUUAGAUUUUUAAAAGUGAAAAAUGAAGUCCAUUAUUUUAUAUGAAACAGUUCUUUGAUUACAGUUGGUAAUCAAAUACAACACAAUAAGUCUUCACUUAAUACAAACUUUCAUAUUCCUGAAAAAAAAGUAGAGUUCAAGAACGUAGAGUACAAAGUUUUUUUUUUUUCCUCGACUUUAUUUUCUCAUUUCAUAAGGAAAAAUGUAUACCUGUUACUUUUGGGUAACACAUUUUAUAUAAGGAAAAAUAGAUAUUAAUAAGAAAGACAAUUUUUUUUUCUUCAGAGUCGGUUGCACACCCAAGACUUUGUUAAUUUGCAGUCUCAGAAAUGUGUACAGAUUGGCAAAAUUUAUAAGCAUUUUAUUUUAGAACCAAAAACAUGUUUCUUUUCUGAAGACAAUCACAUGCUGCAUUUUUUUCUUAGAUAGGACAAUCCUCUUUUUUUUUUUUUUUUUUUUUCUUUUUUCUUUUGACAAGUAGGCAUUAAUGGACUGACUUUAAAAUAGCUCCUGCAUCAUCAAGUCCAAUCACACAAAAACUUUGUCAUAAAGGACACAGUAUGCCUUGUAUCAUUCAGGUGUGUGUGGCUCACUGGGUAAAAUAUGUGAAGUCAUCCCUGCCAUAUGAACUUUGAUGUCAUAUAACACUUCCAUACCUGUAGGAUUUGCCCCCAAGCCUCAUACUAUGUCUAUAUUUUGAAUAUGCUGCUAAUGAUCUUAGAAGUUGACACAGCAGAAAUGUUUCAAUAAAUAAAGUAAAGGCCAAAUUACUCAUACUAUCAAAUAGGAAUGGAUUGUGUUUAAAUAUUUGUGUAUUAUAGUACAUUUCCUUUUAUUCAAAGCAAAUGAAGCUUUGAACAUACACUCUCUGGUAGAGCUACAAGCUUGGUCAUGGACAGUUUAUGUAUGCCGUUUACAACUCCUCGACUAGGUGUGCAGUUUCAUAGGAUUUCAUGAUAUUAUCAAAGUAGAUUUUAUUUUUUUAUGUUCAGGGAUACCCAGAAUGGCAAGAACUUAGCAUUUACUUUCAAGAACGUGAAGCCUGGGACUUGGAUCUUAACCCAGUGUUGGCGAGUUUUCACACUGUGUAUUGUCAUUUACUCUUGCAAAAUUUGUGAGCACACAGGUGGCUCCACAAGUGCUCAGCCACCAAGGAGCCAAUUAGUAAGCCUAUGUGUCCUCAGCUGAUUUCUCCUUUCCUUGAAAUUUCAGGGGGGAUUUUUUUUCCCUUAAAGCUAAAAAUAUGGAUGUUGUUAUUAUUGUUAUUAUGAUUAUUAUAGUGUUAUCAACAAUGCUUAUUGCAAUCAAAAAUAAAAAGAAUCUUUCCAGAAAUCAAGGAAAAGGGUAAACAGGUAAGCUAGGUAGGACCAGUAACUGAAUCCUUGGUGAUUAAGCACUUGCAGAGAUGUCUAAGUGUAAAGACAAUCAUUAAACAAAGACAGUGGACUUGGCAUGUAUUCUUGCCAGCCCAUCAUGAGGGAAGCCCAUGAUUUUGCCAAGGGUUCCAAAUUACUCUAUUUGAAUAUUUGGAAACUAACUUUGCAUAGUUGUACUGGAUUGGUUUGUCCAGAAAAAAAGAAAAACAAAAAGAAGACAUUCCACAUGCACAGAACAGAUGAGAUAGACUAGACAGCAAUUUGUGGUUUUGGAAGAAGGAAAUAUCUAUUAAAUGAAGACUUACUGUACCAGUUGUAAAAGGAAGUAUCAUUAUCACAUCUGUAUCACAUUAUGCAUAUUGCAACUUUUUAUUUUUAUUUCCAUGUAACCAAAUCAAGUCUUGUGUUAUGCUGUCAUGUUGAUGCUGGCAUUCCUCAAAACUAUAUAUUUCUGCCAAACAAGCAUUUACAUUUAUUUUUCAUUUCACCAUACAUAUUACCAUUCCCAGUCAUUGCCCCUAUUACUAUUCACAAAAGUUUUUUUUUAUAGUAAUGAUGUAUUCCAUACUUCAACUUUCAUAUCAAAAUGUUCAACAGGAGUUGCAGAAAUGGCUAUCACACUAUAAGAGUUGAUAUAUGUUCAAGUUAAAAGCCAUGAACUGUUUGAUA